UUGUCAAAGUUUGUUUUGUGAAUUGAUUGAUUCACAAUGUUCUGUCGAAAUUGAACCUGUAAGUUUAGGUUUAUACCUAAGGGUAUUGUAGAGUUCCAGUUUCCUGUCUUAAUUUAUGAAAAUAUAAACGAUAUUCAUUAUAUAACGGGUUUUAAAAAAAUAAAUACAUAAGAAAAGUUGGACUAAGUUACAUAACCAUCAUCGAUGUCCUGACGUUCAUGUGUAGUGUUGUGACGGUGGACAAUUUCAAGUGUGUGAUAGAUACCAUGCUUUACUAAACCAACAUGGUUACAGUUCCACUCCAUAUUGUUCUGUCAGACUUUAUUUUAUUUUAAUUACGAUAGUGCACAGUUAAGUUAAAAGAAGUAAAACUGCGAUGGAUGCACGUGUGCCUCCCACACCAGUCAAUCCUCAGGAUGACACCAAAGAAGCAGGGGCGUCCUAUGCACAUGCUGUACUAAAUUUUAAGCAGCCUACUAACAAUACAAACAACAAUAAUAAGGAGAAUAUAGAAGAGCAGUUAAAUUCAAUACAAGUUAAAGAAGCAGAAAUAGCUGACAGUUCAAAACAACCUGAAGAGCCUAAACAAAACACAGAGGAGGAAGAAUCAUUCACACCUGUAGUAAGUCACAGUCGUAAAGAUAGAAAAGGUGAAAAACUUAAGAAAAAACUUGCUGUCAGUGUUGACAGAACUGAUAAGCAUGAGCACUCAUCUAAGGAAAAGUCAAAAGAUUUGCGUUCAAAAGAAAAACGUGAUGACAAAGAAUCCACGGCUGUGAAAGAAGGUAAUGAAGAACAAAGUGACGUAAAGAAAGUUUUUGUAGAAGCUCCUAUUCCGAAAGUAAACCCUUGGCAAGUCAGUAAACCAACAACAGGAGAAACCAGCCAACCUCAACCUCAUGCAUCCCAGAAAAGAGUUUUACAACCAAAGAAACAAGAGAUUACUGUGAAUGGAACAGAGACUUCUGGAGUCAUCAAGGCGCCCAAAGAUAAACGAAGAUAUAACCAAAAGGCUAGUGAUUUUACUGAUAUUUGUGAUUGGCCCUCUUUAGGAAAUUGUCCAGAGCCUCGCAAAUCUUUGGGCCCAGUAAGUCAAAUAGCUCCCGAAACUACAACAGCAGCUAUAGUAGCAGGCACAUCAACUAACAAGGAUCGCCAAACUCAUCAACAAAACUUGGAGGAAGGUGACGACAAAAGAAAACCGAUGAAACACAAAUGGGUGCCCCUAGAAAUAGACUUGAGCAAACCAAAUAAAAACGAACGCAGGCGAAACGAACGAGCUGGUGACGAGAGAUCGACGGUUAGUGAGGGCGAUAAAGAUUGGAGAGCUGAGAGAGAGCUCAACGGACACCCACAAAGUGGUCGACAUUCCAGAUCCAACCCUAGGAAUCGCAGCGACAGGCAGCGAGGUGGUAGGAGAGGAGCAAAUAAUAGACAAAAUAACAGAGGACAAAAUAACUUGGACUAUCUUGAUUACCAUUCUCACGAAUUUCCAGGAAAGAUUGGAGAUUUAGCUGAUGGACAAGCCUUCAUGCCAUAUAUGGGAACCUAUUAUUUCAAUAGUAAUAGCUAUCUAAGUCUAGAUGGGCCUACCAUCAAGGAAUAUGUUCGAAACCAAAUCGAAUAUUAUUUCAGCGAGGAUAAUUUAAAUAGAGAUUUCUUUUUGAGAAGAAAAAUGGAUUCUGAAGGUUACCUUCCUGUCACUCUGAUUGCUUCUUUUCACCGAGUUCAAGCUUUAACAAACAAUGUAUCACUGAUUGUUGACGCUAUUAGUUCAUCCGACAAACUUGAGUUGACUGCAGGUUUUAAGGUGAGACCGAAGAAAGAUCCAUUGAGAUGGCCUAUAUUGGAUGAAAAUAACGAGCAAACGGAGGAAAUCCUUGCCAAAGUAGUUCCACCUCCGCCAUUACCUAAAACUCUUAGAGAAAGACAGCUUGAUAACUUAAAUCCUGAUGUAGCUGAAUUUAUUCCUUCUGAUCUAGAACAAAAGAAACAAAAAUUCAACACUUUAGUAAACGGAAACCAGGAUUCUGUAAAAGAAAAACCAAAAGAUAAGAAUGAAGAUGAAGAAAACUGGAGAGAGGUGAAGAGAAAAAAUAAAGAAAAUAAGGUCAAAAAAGAGUCUAAGGUCAAGUCUUUUGAGAGAGAAGAGCUCGAUUUUCAUUUUGAUGAAGAGUUAGAUCAAGAAGUGCCAACUGGACGACAAAAUACAUUUAAUGAAUGGCCACCAGAAGACGAUUCAGAUGAACUGAGUGACAGAGACGUCAAUAAAUUGUUAAUUGUAACACAAAACACAACUUCAACCCCAAGGGCACCUAAACAUGAAGGGUAUGAUCGGACCGGUGAUUGGACUACUCGAGUUAAAAUGAGUCAAGAUCUCAUUCAGGCUAUAAAUGAUGGACUUUUUUAUUACGAAGAGGACUUAUGGACUGAUCAAGAUUAUGAAAGAAGCUCAGUUGAGAGUUACAAGACUGUCACCGUUAUUAGCCAAGAAGAUUUUAGGAAAAUAGCUCCACCCGCUCCAAAGAAACCAAAUCCACAAUUACCACCUCCACCACCCCCACUGGUUGAUAGUCCUUCAAAACAACAGCAAUCGGUUACCUCUAUAAACAACAAUAGGAAACCAAAUACUACACCAAGUAGAAACGUUCCAAGGUUCUAUGCCGUCGUUAAAGACGACCGACCUGAUCCUAGUACUCCCAGGAAAAGGAAAACUAGACAUUCAAGCAAUCCUCCAGUCGAACAGCAUGUUGGAUGGAUCAUGGAUGUCAGAGAACAUCGGCUUCGUACUACAUCAACUGGAAGCAGCUAUGGUACAAGCCCUAGUGAUGCCCAUUUGGGUACAAGUUGUGGAAGCUAUGGUAGCGUACCCCAGGCUCUUCCAUCUUUCCAACAUCCAUCACACGCCCUAUUAAAGGACAAUAACUUUACACAGCAGGCUUACCACAAAUUUAGACAGAAGUGCUUGAAAGAACGCAAACGCUUUGGCAUUGGACAAUCUAAUGAAAUGAAUACACUCUUCCGUUUCUGGUCAUUCUUUCUCAGAGAGAACUUCAAUCGCACAAUGUACAAUGAAUUUAAGAGUCUUGCUCUCGAAGAUGCAGAACAAGGCUAUCGCUAUGGCCUGGAGUGUCUAUUCCGCUUUUUCUCUUAUGGAUUAGAAGUUAAAUUCAGACCACAUUUGUACGAAGACUUCCAACAAGAAACGGUCAGGGAUUACGAAAAUGGUCAACUCUAUGGAUUGGAAAAAUUCUGGGCUUUUUUGAAAUACUACAAGCACGGCAGCCAUCUCACCGUUACUCCCACUUUGCAAAAACAUCUCUCCAAGUUCAAAACUAUUGAAGAUUUUAGAGUAGUAGAGCCAAGGAUUGAUGAGAUUUUGAAAUCCCACCAUGGCAAAGGAAACCAAUACAAACAAAAUAAAAGGAAUAGAAGUGUUUCCGAAAGUCAGUCGGCAAUGACCAACAGCGCACGUGAUCGACGCCCAUCUCAGAGCUACCAGAGGAAUGAAAAUAUGCAACAUCAAACUGGAACAAGCGCUCCCGCCGAUUCAGGAUUUAAAUAUGCCAGAUCUCGUACUCAUUCAUUUGGUUCCGGACGUAUUCGUAAUAAUAGUACUCGCCAACGUACUGAAUCAUGGAGGCAGAAAGAUGUUAGAGAAUGAGUCUACGGCUCUUCGUUUUUUCUUAUGAAUAUAAGGCUAUUUUAAAUAAAUCUGGAAAUCAACGCCUAAAGAUUUAACCAGAUGUGAUCCACCACCAUUUAGAUUAUCGUUAUCAUAAUUGGAGGUUUGAUUUCCAAAAACAUAAAAAUUAAUUUGGGUACUUUAAGAACACUAUUGUAAAAAGCCUUAGCUUUUAAACGUGUGUUAUUGGUGCCAUUACCGAAAAUAUUUUACAAUUUUAUAAUUUUUUCGUACUUUUCUAGUAACACCAUUAUGAGUAGAGUGAAAUCAAACAGAACAACUGAAUUUCAGUGGCUCUAGAAUCGUAUCGGUUUGUGAAACUCAUUAGUACCUAUAUUUGAUUGUAGCUAAAAUGACUAAAAAUGAUCUUUGAAAAAACUCGUUUGUGUAAAUAAUUUUUACUUUUCGAAAAUGUUCAUUUGUGCUUUUUAUUAAUUUGAUUUCACUUAUAAUUUGUAAUUUUAAUAACAUCUAAUUUGUACAUACAUUGUCUACGUGAACGGAAAGCUAUUUUAUUACAAUGUAAUUGUGCUGCAAUUGUACUGAUGUUUUUGAAAAUACCAAAAUUUCAUUCACACACAAAAUGUUCAUACAAUGUGUUCAUAUAGUUACAACUACAACAGCUUGUUUUUAUUGAGGGAACUUCUACAAGUGACUCACAUUUCGACUCAUUCUGACUCGGUGAAUCGCUCACCUUAUAUAAAAACAACAACCACUUUGACUCUUAUAAUAUUAUACAUGUAAAAUUGUAUUAAAACAAUUCGUAAUCAUUUAUUCUUAACAAAAUCAAUGGGAAAAUACCCAGUAGCCCAAUACCCAGUACCCAAUGAUCAUUUAUUCUUAGUCCUAAAGGUUUGUGAUUUACAAGAGAAAUUAAUUAGUCGUUUAAAUUUUAACGUAGUGGGGAUUUCAACAUUUUUGCGAUAUUGCCAAAAAAUUAAAAUAUCGACAAUUUUACUUAAGAGUAGAUUAUAGUUGGAUAGAUAGAUAUUGGUUGGUUAAAAUAUUAGUUGCUCAAAAUAUCUGGCCAAUACUUAUUAACCCUUUCUAGAGGCCACACUGGUUUUUAAACAUUUGGUGUACAUACUUUUGCACUAGUUCAUAGAGGAAUUUUGGAUUUUUCCGUGAGUGAAAAUAAGCAUCAUAGGGGUUUUCAGUUUGCAUGUUAAACAUGUUAGUAGACGAAUAUAUUGUCACAAAAAAAUAUUGUUUUUCCCUGGUUUAUGUAUUGUGAUUACAUGAGCUUCUUUCUAUCGAUUAGGGAAUUUUCUGAAUCUUAUCAGUGCUUUCAUUAUGUUGGUCAGAUAAACGACUGCUUUCACUGGGAGAUAUUUUAAAGCCCUGUUGGUCGCUUCGUCCAAUCCAGUCCAGGUGCUUUCUUUGGUGAUUUUUCCGCAUCAGGUUGCUCAUUUCUUUUGAGGAUGUGUGUUUAAGUGGUGUGUGUGCUUUCGGUUUUCUUUGACUGUGGAUUAAUCCAUUAGCCGUGUGUUUCAUUAGUGGAUCUUCUGCUUCGACCGGUCUUCUGUAGUAGUCUUCUUCGGCUUCCUCUUUAAAUCAUGAAUUUUCUUGUUGGUGAUAGUUUAUGGAACACAUGUCUUUCUAGGCUGGUUCUCAUAACUUCGGCUUUGUCUUUGGUGGUGUAUACCAUGCCGUUUUCUUCAUGUAGAAUAGCAUUGGUUUCCUAUAUUGUUUCUUAUUCUUGUCUCCUUACCUUUUGUUCUUCUGCCUCUUUGCUCUGGUCUUCUCCAUAAUCGGUUCCCUUAGCUCUCGGUUAUUAUCUCCUCUACCUCUAUUUCUGGUGUGCUCAGCGACUGUAUUUCUGUCUGGAUUCAUAGAUUCUUCGUUAUAGCUAUGUCUAGGUGAGUGGGUAGAUUGUUGCCUCCCUUGAAGAAUGCAUCUUAGUCGGAUAGGGGAUCUCUGGGUCUGACGUAUGCUGACGUGAUUCUUAUUGUGGUUUGUCUCAUUUGGACUGAUAUCGAAGUUGCUUCCAUGGUAUUGAGUCCCGCUGGUAUCGGCAAUUGUGUGUAUUUUCUAUCUUCACCAUGAUUGCUUGUCCCCAUGGCUUUGACCUGCAGUCAUUUUUGUGCAUAUAGUUCCAGGAAACUUUACGUUCACGUCCUUUGAGCUUUGUUUCUUGAAUUGCAACUACAUAUACUCAUUUCCAUCCUGUUUAUUUCGUCUAGGAUGUUCUUGUUUGUUAUCAGUCCGCGUGGGUUCUAUGAGCCUAUCUUCAGAUAUCACCUAACUUCGUCGGUGCUCAUUUUUGCAGGAAUAUCGUGAAGGGUUUUUGCAUGGACGGAAAUAUCUGACUUAUAUUUUAUUUGAAACGAUUGGUAUUAGCCAUUUGUUGAAAAAGGGUUAAAGUAACUGAUCUAUUUUAAAAAUGAUUCUUGUAGUCCAAAGUGCAGUGAAAUCUAGUCAUAUUUUAUAUUUCUUUAUGGACGAAUAAUAAUUUUUGAAAUUUGAUACUUUUAGUGGAUUGAUAUUCUUUAGUAACUUUGACCAUAUUUUAUUUGAUUUUAUUGAAUAAAUAGAAUAUAACAAAAAUGAUCAUUAAAUAUGUACCUACUCUUCUAAAUAGUUUCUUAACAAUUUACGUACUAUUAUAUAAAUUUUUGGCUAAUGUAUAAAGGUAAUUUUUAUAUUUUGACAUAUUGUUUAAAAUUAUAUUGCAGUGUCGUUUUAUAUACUUAGAUUUAGAUUCAGCUUUAUUAAAAUGUACAAUUUGAUUCCGUUAUAUUUACUUCUGCCACUUUAGAAUAUACCAUGACAUGUCAGGUGAAGCUUGUUUUUGCAAGCGAGCGAUCAAAUCUCGAGAUGUGAGACUUUUCUGUCGUUCCCUAUUAGUUAUAAUUUGUAUUUUUAGUUGUAGUCAGCUGUUAUAUUUGUUUUUGGUUCUUUUUCUUUUCGUGUACUCAGUGAAUCAAAAUCAUUAUACAUUCUCACGUAUUUUGAAGAUUAUUUGAGUUGUUUUAAUGACGUUAUUUUUGUUUUUGAGUAAUUUAUGUUUUAUGACUACAUUUGUUAUUUUAUUAUAAUUGAUUUGUUAUUUAGCUCAUUAUUACAAAGGACGCUACAAGCCAGAAGAGUCCAUUUUAUCAUUUAGUUUGCCUAAUAAUCGAUUUCUUUGCCCUUAAUAGUAGCAAACUUUGAUGCAACAAGAACUGAAAAGGUUUGCAAAAAGUUGGUUUUAAAAAAUAAUUUAAAUGAUCUUCAAGGCAUUUAAAAAUCUGAACGUGUGCAUAUAAAGUAUAGUAUAAUUGAAUGGGAAGAAAACUGUACAUUAUUAGACAAUUCAGGUAAUUUAUAAAAUCAAAUAUUGUAACUGCAUUUUUUAAAAUACCACUCUACCACAGCACGAGCAGUUUUAAAAUUAUUGUAACAUAUAGAUAUAUAAAAUAGCUAGUUGUAUUGGAAAAUGUGUACACUAAAAUGCUAGUUACCUUUUUUUCGACAAAAUUAUGUACCAUCUUAAGAUUUUCCUUUAUACAGCCAGCAAUAAAUAUCUGAUUUCCUAACACAGAAUAUUGUGUAGCAGGAAAUUUUGUUUAAACAUAAGGUUGCCAGGUAUAAGCAUAUAUUGUGAAUGUUAAAACAUUUAGCUUUUUAUAUUAAUUGUACUGGGCUUUCCGAUAGAAAGUAUUUUGCUCAAUAAAUCAAUAUUUGUCAUUGGCGAUCAUAAAGACCAAACGGAAGUGGUACAUUAUCAUAAAAGUUUGGACAAUAUCAUUGGUGUACCAUUUAUGAUUGAUUAUUACUUAAUAUUUGCUAUAUUUCUUUAUGAUUGUAUCACAGAUGAUAUACUGUUCAAAUUCAUUGCGACAAAUGAAAAAAAUUCUAAAACAUCAGCUUUUAAUCAUUACCUACCAUGUAGAUUAACAAAUCUAUAUAUUAGUACUACGUAUGUCCUCCUUCAGCAUAAAUGGUCUCUUCAAUAUAUCUUGGAAUAAACUUCACCAGUUCAGCGCACAUGUUCUUGACUUCAUCAUCGUGGAACCACACUUGUAUAUCACUUGUUAUAAUUUUUUCUUUUGUAGUGCAAUUUACCUUAGCUGAACGUUUCUUAGGAAUAUGCCAUAAGUUAUCAAUGAGACUUAGGUCUGUUGAAUUAUCAGGCCAAUCCAACACCUUUGCUUUAUUUUCUCGCAUAAAAGGCUAUACCAAUUUCUAAUGGUAACAAGGGGCCAAGUCAUGUUGAAAUGUUUCGUCAAAUGUUUCCAUGAAUGCAACAAUGCUUCUGAAUGUAUUUGGCAGAAUUGGUCAUACCUUUAUUAGGAACUGAGCUUCCAGUGCCAUUUGUUGUAAAAAAAAAACAGCAAAGCAUCUGUUUAGGAGGGUAUCUUACAAUCUUUUGGGUAUGAUCUCAUCGCAGAAGUUCACCUUUACUCUGUCUAACAAAAUGUGCUCUAUAUCAUAUACAGUGUGUCUGCGUAACUUGGAACCAUAUGGGAAACUUUUUUAAUAUCUUUUACGAAAAAAAGUUAUUCUUCAUAAAGUGCUCUGCAUAGUCUAAAACCUAAGAUGCAAUCAUCAGAUAUCAAAUUUUAUCAAUAAUAUACGAGGUAUGUCCAAAAAUAUAAAUUUCGCUCAAGAGUAAAGUGCCUUUAUGUUUUACAAAUAUCGAAAAUUGUUAUUAAAAAAAGUUGUCUGCAAUUAAAAAUUAUGUUAUAAAAUGCAUUUUUCUAAUUGAAAAAAAUUGAAUUUUUUUAAUUUGAAUUUCUUUUGAAAAAUUUCCUCAAAUUACGGAUACCCAACAUCAUUUUUAUUGAAGAUAACUCCCUUAUUGUUAAUUUUGCGGAAAAAUUGUUCUUUAUAAAAAUGUCCGAAUAGUCAAAAAACUAAGCUGCAAUCAUAAGAUAUCAAUUUUUUUCAAUUUUAUACGAGGUAUGUCAAAAAAUAUGAAUUUCGCUCAGGAGUAAAAUACCUUUAUAGUUCACAAUAUUUCAACUAGAAGGAUGCAAUUGCAUAUUGAAAUAUAGUUUUUAAUUUUGAACAACUUAUAAUAACAAAUUUCAAUAUUGUGAAAAAUAAAGGUACUUUACUCUUCAGCGAAAUUCAUAUUUUUUUAAAUACCUCGUAUAAAAUUGACAAAAUUUAAUAUCUUAUAAUUGUAUCUUGGUUGUUAUACUACGUGGAACUUUUUAUAAAGAAUAACUUUAUUUCGUAAAAUUAAUAAUACCGGAGCUAGCAUAAUUAAAAAGGAGUUGGGUGUCCGCGAUUUGGGGAACAUUUGCAAAAAAAAUUCAAUUAGAAGAGUUUAAAUGCAGAUUAUAACAUAAUUUUUAAUUACAAACAACUGUUCUCAAUAACAAUUUUCGAUAUUGAGCGAAAUUCUUAUUUUUUGACAUACCUCGUAUACUGUUGAUAAAAUUUGAUAUCUGAUGAUUGCGUCUGAGGUUUUAGACUAUGCAAAGCACUUUAUAAAGAAUUACUUUUUUUCGUAAAAUUGAUAUUAAAAGAUUUCCCAUAUGGUUCCAAGUUACGCAGACACACUAUACAUCUUUGAAUAAGCAAAAGUAGUCAAAUGAGCAAAUUAUAGUCAAUAUCGAUCUAUCACAUUGCCUCUAGGCAGAUAUAACCAGUUUGAGGCGGUUCGAGACCGGUACUCACUGGUAAUCACAUACUAACUCAGACCAGAGAAACAUGUUUGUCACAAUUAAUUUGAACAGUAUAAUAGUUAGCAUUAGUAAUCUAGUAACUCAACGUCUCCAUGGACGAAAGUUUUCGUUAGUAGUUGUCACCUCUGGAUAUGUUGAGUACGUGAAUUAUUUUCGCGAUAUACUUCUGAAGAAAAUGUGGAUAUAGCGAAAUGAUAAGCCAAACUUAUAAAAGCGUUCCAACCAUUUUCACAUGCGUCAAAUAAUAUUAGUUAUUCUAUGUCAUUUAAAAUUUAUUUUUACGUUAUAAUAAAAAUGUCGUAUACAUAGUUUCAUUUUAGUAUUGACUUCUGCAAAUAGGAAUAAUAAUGAAUACUUCAUUUCAAGUAUUUCUCUACUUAACAAAAGUACCUCGAGUCUUAUGAAAAUAUUCCUAAUUGUUUAAAUUAACCUGUUUUUACAAAAUUUUCAGCACUAAAGGAGCGUAAAUAGCUUUUUCUUUGUUUUAAAUUUCAUGUUUUUCUUUUUUUUUUUGUUUUAAGAUACUCUAUUAUGUUUUAUUAUUAGUUUUAGUCCUCCUUGCCCAGUUGCGGACCAAAGGGGCCUUAUAGUUAUCUGUUAAAAACUAUUUUUAAUUUUGUGUGUUAGCAUAAAAUUAUUUAUAUAAUCAUAAAAUAAUUUUUUGCCCGAUCAAUACAGAAAUGGCCGGUGUCUUCAAACUAAGACUAAAUAACACAAAAGUGACUGUUUCACAACAACUAUUGAAAGUUAUCUUUAUUUUCACUUUUUAUACUGUUAAAACUUCGACUGUUUAGUUUUUUUAUUUUAUCACCGAUAACCAUUCUGUUUUCCACAGAUCUAUUAUAUUAACUAUAUUUUAGAUUGAUUGAUUGUUAUCUUAGGUUAAAUAAUUUUUUUGUUACCAACACUUUGGACUAUUAAAGUCGAUACGUAUUAUUACAGAGGCAUGGAACUGUCGAACCUUCCAAAAAUAAAGUCACGUGUAAAAUGUACAGUGUGUCGGAUUUAAGAUGAAGACAGCCCUAUAUUUCGGCUAUCAAAAUAAAUAAAGAUUUGAAGUUUUGCAGUCAUACAGGUUGAAUGCUUACUUUUUUUAAGAUAGUCAACUGAAAUUUAAAUUUUAAACGCAAACCUACUGCGACUCCACAAACAGGGUAAAUUUUCGAUAUUUUGCUUGGCGUUAGAGAUAUCGAAAAAAGUUAUUUGAAAAAGUUGUUCCAAAUAUUCUAUCCCCACAUACCAAAUUUCAUGACAAAAUUCUUACUUUUAGUUUCUUCAAUAUUUUGUAGUCAGGACCCUAAAUGAUCUGUCCCGAGAUGCAAGUCCGGAGAUGUUGCAUCUCUGGACAGCCCAUUUAGGGUCAUCUCAUGACUACAAAUAAUGAAGAAACUAAAAGUGCGAAUUUUGUCAUGACAUUUGGUAUGUGGGGUUCACAGAUUAAUUUUUUAUUUAGGUUGACUUUUUAUAUAGCCUGAUUAGGCAUUUAUCCAAAAUAAUAUGUGAAUCAUACUACAUUUAAAUUUUUUCUAAUGACUCACACUUUAUAUUUUUUGCAAGAAAUUAUAUUAAAAUAAAACUUUUAUCUUCAAAAUGUAUUAAACAAAAUACGUUGUACAUGGUUUUUGGAAAAUAAUUGUUGGAUACAUGCUGCCAAUAUACAAAGUUAUAUCGUAAAAUUUAACAAACAUAAAAAAACUGAAAGAGAAUAGAAGAAUUUUUACGUGCGUUGUAAGGCGUUUAUUUGGAAAGGUUCGGUAUCUCCACGUGAGACUUUAGUUGUCUAAUAGUAAGGUUAAGAUUCUGAAAUAAUUGGUCUAGCGGUUUUUCGCUGGGAUAUUUUGAGUUUUAUGGGCAAGAAAUUAAAGAAAAAAAUGUGAUAAUGGGUGUAACUUAGUGUUUUGCUUAUUCCUUUGCAUUUAAGUAUAUAUAAGUUAGUUUGUAAAGUUCGUUGUGGAAGAAUAGUACGCAAUUUGUCUUCCAGUAACACAAAAAAAUAAUAAAAUUCUAAAAAACCAAAAAAAGUUUAUCAUUAUUAAAGAUUUUUACAGAACAGUUCUACAGAACUCUAUCAGUUGUUGAACAACAAGUUACUUAUUAAGCAUUGGUUACUAAAAAUCAGUUCUGUUCCUAUGCCAAAUUAUAUUUUUUCUAGAAGGAUAGCGAAAAUAUGUGUUUCUUUAGAUUUCAUAUCUUUAUGUAAAUAAUAAGAUGUAAGACAACAA